AUGUAUUGUAGUGAUGUUAAGUCGUUUAACCAGGAAACAGCUAAGGGUGUUAAAUACAAGCGGCGUUCGAUUCUAUUAUGUAACUCUGCACCAGUUAUUCGAGAAAUCAUUUUACCCUUGUCACGGGUUAAAAGUGGCAUUUACGAAAACUACAGUGAUCUAUGCCUUGAGAAGUUGAAAUUUUGGCCGUUCUCAAGCGCCUACCUCAAUGAGUAUACCAUCGUCGCUACCAAAAAAUUAUUUUCCUACUCUUAA